ACCAAGUCUUUCCACCUCUACUCCUCGCCUUCCUCCGCCACGUCACCUCCACUCUCCGGAAAAUUCGCCCGUCUCCGGCUCCAGUCCGUUUCCGCGCCCGCCGCCGCCUCCUCGCAUCAUCCGCAUCUCUUCGUCACAUUACACUCUGUUUCCCAGAAGCAACCAUCAGUAAAAACGCGGGAGAAUAUUGUUGCGGGAGCUUAUAUAUAUUCAGAGUUUCUGCGAUUCUGCUAAUCUGAUUCUCCGAUUACUUGAUUAUCUUGUGAUUAUGCAACACUAUGCAUCCGUUUUGCUGCGUUUCCACCAUUAACUGCAGCAACGGUGAUUCGUCGAUUUUGCCCAUGUCCCGGCCUCCUCCUCCGCUACCACCGUCUUCCGCAGGCGGAUCGUCCGAACCGUUUACGUUCUACGGAAGUCAAAAUUACAACAAGAAUCAAGCGCAUCGACACAAUUUGAAUUCUGACUAUCGGAUUUUGACCGAGUCUUCGUCCACGAGGGAGGCUCCGCAGCUUGUGUGCGCUGGAGUGGUGGAUAGCCAGCAGCAAGUGAAGAUCAACGACAUAGUGGGGAAUGGAAUUUCUGGAGUCCUGUACAAGUGGGUGAACUACGGCAAGGGGUGGAGGCCCAGGUGGUUUGUGUUGCAGGACGGAGUUUUGUCUUACUAUAAGAUCCACGGGCCUGAUAAGAUCGUCCUUACUCCCGAGACCGAGAAGGGCUCGAAAGUCAUUGGCCAGGAGUCAUUUCGUAGAAUAUCCCGAUCAAAGAGGCAUAACAAUGCUAAUGCUUCGCAGGCACGCAGACGUCCUGCGGGCGAAGUUCAUCUCAAGGUUUCAUCAAUAUGUGAGAGCAGAUCAGAUGACAAAAGGUUUUCAAUUUUCACUGGAACAAAGAGGCUGCACUUGAGGGCAGAGUCUAGAGAAGAUAGAAUAGCCUGGGUAGAAGCACUGCAAGCAGUAAAGGAUAUGUUCCCAAGACUUUCUAACAGUGAGUUAAUGGCUCCUUUAGAGAACAUUUCUGUUUCAACGGACAAGUUACGGAAGCGCCUGCAGGAAGCAUGUUUAAGUGAAGCUGCCAUCCAGGAUAGCGAGCAGAUUAUGAGAGAUGAAUUUGCAUCCCUGCAUAGUCGAAUGCUGCUUCUAAGACAGAAGCACCGGCUCCUCAUUGACACACUUCGCCAGUUAGAGACCGAAAAAGUUGACUUAGAGAAUACAGUGGUUGACGAGAGUCAAAGGCAAAUAGACAGUGUUGGUCUAUCUGGUAGAUUGAGGCAGGACAAAUACAGCGAGGCAAGUGUGAGUGACUCAGAAGAUGAUAAUGAAAGGGCUGAUGCUGCGGAGGAAGACACAGAUGAGGAAGAGAAUACAUUCUUUGAUACAAGGGAUUUUUUGUCAUCAAGUUCUUUUAAAAGCAAUGCUUCUGAUUUUCGACAAUCCUCAUUCUCUUCAGAAGAUGACAUCUAUGCUUAUGCAUCAGAUGAGAGUGUUGAUCCGGUUAUUAGAUCUGCAUCAUCAAAGUUCCCUUAUAUCAAGCGCCGAAAGAAAUUGCCAGAUCCUAUUGAGAAAGAAAAAGGAGUGAAGCUAUGGUCCAUGAUUAAAGACAAUAUUGGGAAGGACUUGACAAAAGUUUGCCUGCCUGUCUAUUUCAACGAACCACUGUCUUCACUUCAAAAGAGUUUUGAAGAUUUGGAAUAUUCAUAUCUUGUUGAUCGUGCUUUUGAAUGGGGCAAGCAAGGUAACAGUCUUAUGAGGAUUUUGAACGUAGCUGCAUUUGCUGUAUCUGCCUAUGCUUCUACACAAGGAAGAAUUUGCAAGCCAUUCAAUCCAUUAUUAGGAGAAACAUAUGAGGCUGAUUAUCCAGACAAAGGUGUCCGUUUUUUCUCAGAGAAGGUAAGCCAUCACCCCAUGAUUAUAGCAUGCCAUUGUGAGGGUACAGGGUGGAAAUUUUGGGGUGAUAGCAAUUUGAAAAGCAAAUUUUGGGGUCGCUCAAUACAGCUGGAUCCUGAAGGUGUUUUAACCCUAGAGUUUGAUGAUGGGGAAAUUUUCCAGUGGAACAAGGUAACAACAUCCAUAUAUAAUCUGAUACUGGGGAAACUAUAUUGUGAUCACUACGGAACUAUGCGUAUCCACGGAAAUCGUAACUACUCUUGUAAAUUGAAAUUCAAGGAGCAAUCUAUUGUAGAUCGUAAUCCCCACCAGGUACAUGGAAUUGUCCAAGAUAAGAGCGGGAAGACAGUUGCUACUUUAUUCGGUAAAUGGGAUGAGAGUAUGUUCUAUGAUAAUGGAGAUAGCUCUAAAGGAUAUUCGAAGGACUCUGUUUCAGAGGCUCAUUUGCUUUGGAAGCGGAGCAAGCCUCCUCAGUACCCGACCAGAUAUAAUCUAACACGCUUUGCCAUUACUAUGAAUGAGCUAACAAUGGGACUCAAGGAAAAGUUGCCACCAACAGACUCUCGGCUGAGGCCUGAUCAGAGAUGCUUGGAAAAUGGAGAGUAUGAGAAGGCAAACUUGGAAAAACAGCGACUGGAGCAGCAGCAACGGCAGGCCCGUAGAAUGCAAGAAAGCGGCUGGAUGCCACGAUGGUUUUCUAGGGAGAAUGAGAGCGGUACGUAUCGCUACAAUGGUGGUUACUGGGAAGCAAGGGAUCAAGGUCACUGGGAUUCUUGUCCAGAUAUCUUUGGUCAAAUUCCGUCUGACCAGACACUGGAUUGAUCAAGGUCAAGCCUUUCCAUUUUGCCUCUUUCUUUUCCCUCCAUUUUUUCCCUAAACGGGUAUAAACGGUCUCUUCUAGAUCUGCACAGAUUACAGGGAGUGAACUGUCAAAGAUAGUAAAUAAGGGGUUUUCUUUCACUUGUACAUUGCUAACUUCAACCCCCGUUGGGGCUUGUUCAUGCAUCUAUGCCCUUGUAACAGUGGGUAAAACUUGAGCGAAGUUGUAUUGUUUAGCAUUUUUGGGAAAGAUUUAGAUACAGAGAGAGGGCUUCUCUAGUCUUAUAAAUAUAAAAAUCCAUUUUUUCUCUAGCUA